UCCUCUUUCCCAGUGGAGACAACAUGGCGGAUAUAGCGAGCUGUACUUUCGAGAUUUGAAUUACGCGACUUGCAGCUAUUGCAUUCCUGAUUAUGGCGUCUCUGGUUUCGUGUGGCUCGCGUCAUAGGCCAGAUGAGCUCCCCGGAGACCCGUCUUCACAAGAAGAUGAGGAUUGCGAUUAUGAAGAUCGGGUCAGCUACUCGGGUUCAUACUCCUCAGAGAGUAGCGAUUAUGAUGAUGUUGAACCUGAAUGGCUGGACAGUGUGCAGAAAAAUGGAGAAUUAUUUUAUUUGGAAUUGAGUGAGGGUGAAGAAGAAAGCCUCCUUCCUGAGACUCCUACUGUGAACCAUGUCAGAUUCAGUGAAAAUGAGAUUAUAAUUGAAGAGGAUGAUUACAAAGAAGGAAAAAAGUAUGAACCUAAACUCAAGCGGUUUACCAAAAUUUUAAAAAGUAAAAGUCUUUUACCCAAGCGCCACAGUAAAAAAAGUAGUAAUGGCAAUGAGCCAGUGUCCAUUCUAAAGCAUCAGUCUAACCAGAAAACAGGAGUUGUUGUCCAACAGCGGUACAAGGAUGUGAAUAUUUAUGUAAACCCCAAAAAGUUAACUGUGACCAAAGCCAAAGAGCAACUUAAGCUUCUGGAAGUCCUGGUUGGGAUUAUCCAUCAGACCAAGUGGAGCUGGAAGAAAAGUGGAAAACAGAGCAGUGGAGAAAGGCUUGUGGUCCAUGGCCUGCUGCCAGGAGGCUCUGCUAUGAAGAGUGGUCAGAUAUUAAUUGGUGAUGUCCUUGUUGCUGUGAAUGAUGUUGAUGUGACUUCUGAGAACAUAGAGAGAGUUCUGUCUUGUAUUCCUGGACCUAUGCAGGUAAAACUGACCUUUGAAAACGCAUAUGCUGUGAAGAAGGAAACAACCCAACCAAGACAGAAAAAUGCACAGUCGAACACAAAUGAUUUAGUCAAACUUCUGUGGGGAGAGGAGGUUGAAAGUAUCCAGCAAAAUAUCCUAAACACUCCUCACAUCGUUAUGUAUCUCACUCUGCAGCUUGACUCGGAAACAUCAAAGGAGGAGCAAGAAAUUCUUUAUCAUUGUCCAGUAUCUGAUGCAUCUCAGAAACUUAAAAGUGUGAGAGGGAUAUUUCUCACACUCUGUGACAUGUUGGAAAAUGUAACUGGGACACAAGUUACUAGCUCAUCCCUUCUUUUAAAUGGGAAACAAAUCCAUGUGGCUUAUUGGAAAGAAUCUGACAAGUUGUUGUUAAUUGGCCUGCCUGCUGAAAAAGUUCCUCUUCCACAGCUGAGGAAUAUGAUAGAAGAUGUUGUCCAAACCUUAAAAUUUAUGUAUGGUUCUUUAGAUAGCUCUUGUUUCUUCAGUGCCUUUUGCCAGGUUGAGAAUGUGCCUCGUUUGGAUCAUUUUUUCAACUUGUUCUUUCAAAGAGCACUUCAUCCUGCUAAACUACAUUCUGGUACCAGUCUGAGUGCACAACAAUAUGAUGCUUCCAGCGCAGUGCUUUUAGACGGCCUUCCCGGAGUUCGAUGGCUCACGCUUCCACGGGAAAUCAAGAUGGAACUAGACACAGCAUUGAGUGACUUGGAGGCUGCAGAUUUUGCAGAACUGUCUGAGGAUUACUAUGACAUGAGGCGGCUGUAUACAAUUUUAGGGUCUUCUCUAUUUUACAAGGGUUAUUUGAUAUGCAGUCAUUUGCCUAAAGAUGAUCUUAUUGAUAUUGCUGUAUACUGUCGCCACUACUGCCUACUGCCUUUAGCAGCAAAACAAAGAAUUGGUCAGUUGGUUAUAUGGAGAGAGGUGUUUCCUCGACAUCACCUCCAACCUUCUACAGACUCAAACACUGAAGUCUUUCAGGAACCUGAAGGGAGAUAUUUUUUGCUAAUAGUUGGCUUGAAGCACUAUAUGUUAUGUGUGCUAUUAGAAUCUGGAGGCUGCACAUCCAAAGCUAUUGGGAAUCCUGGACCCGACUGUAUUUAUGUGGAUCAAGUCAAAACAACCCUUCACCAACUGGGAGGAAUAGAUUGUCGCAUCAGUGAACAGCUAACAGCUUCUCCCAGCCCCUGUUUGUCUUGUGCUGACUGGUUCCUUACUGGAUCACAUGAAAAAUUAGAUAGUUUGACGACCUCACCUAUCCUCAGUAGGCUACCAGGUACUUCCAAGGUAGCAACCUCUCCAACAUGCAGAAAAAUUCUUUUUGGUGACUAUUCCUUAAAAGCACGUAAGCCCAGCCCUUCUCGAAGCAGUGGAGGAUCUGACAAUGGCUGUGAAGGUGGAGAAGGCAUUGGCCUGAGCCCCCGUACUACACCAGAUGCCAUAUGGAAGCAAAGAGAAUCUCAGGGCUCUGAUGGUUCGGAGGAAAGUGGGGCCUUGCUUAAGGUCACUAAAAAGAAGGUUAGUCUUCCAAAUCCGUUUCAUUUGGGGAACUUGAAAAAGAACCUUUCAGAAAAAGACCUGGAAAUAUAUAACACAAUGAAAUUAACAUCUGGUCCUGAGAACACACUUUUCCACUACGUUGCCUUAGAAACUGUGCAAGGGAUCUUUAUUACUCCGACCCAUGAAGAGGUGGCACAGCUAAGUGGUUCUAUCCACCCUCAACUAAUAAAGAAUUUCCAUCAGUGUUGUCUCUCCAUUCGUGCAAUUUUCCAACAGACAUUGGUAGAAGAGAAAAAGAAGGCACUAAAUCGUGGAGAUCAUUCAGGUUCUACAAAUUCUGUAUCUUCUCUUAACCCUGUGAAAGAACAUGGUGUGUUGUUUGAGUGCUCACCUGAAAAGUGGACGGAUCAGAGAAAAGCACCACCAGUUAUGGCCUACUGGGUAGUAGGGAGACUCUUUCUUCAUCCCAAACUUCAAGAACUUUAUGUCUGUUUUCAUGACUCAGUCACAGAAAUUGCCAUAGAAAUGGCUUUUAAAUUGUUCUUUGGAUUAACCUUGUAGCUGUGUUUUCUUGAUGCAUGGCAACUGUGCACGGAACAUUGAACGGUGUUAGAAUUGCUGACACCCAUACACAAGAAGAUAUGGGUUAGCCUCUUUUAACUGUUCAGUUUUGAACAUAAUAUUGUUAAAUAUUGAGAUGAUAUGCUCUUGGAUUUGAUGCACUAAUCUUAUGUCAUAUUGUGAGACUUGAAGAGAUUGUUAUUUCCAUUUUGGUAUAUAAUGUUAAUUUAUUGACUAGUUUGAAAUAAUGUGAAGUGUUUUAUAUAAAAUUAAUAGAGGACAUAUUUAUCUUGAAAGAAUAUGCAAUUCAUAAGUUGCAUAUUAUUUUCAAGACUAAUAAUGAUAUCUGGUAAAAGAAUCACAAAAUCGGGAGGAUGUGACCAGGUCCUCUAACUAAUUAGUGCUGGGACCGUGAGCAAGUUUUUGUACCUCUCUGAGUUCAGAAUUUUCAUUACAAAUGAGAUGACUGUAUUGAGACCUCGUAAGUCCCUCUUAAGUAAAAUGUGCAGUUUUUUUUUCUUCUUGCCUACUGCUCAGUACCUAAAUUUGUCAUGUCCAAGUACUGAUUCCUUAUUACAUCAAAUACUUUGCUUUAGUUUAACUGUUUUAGUAGAUACCUCACCAUGGGGUAAAAGAACUGAGGACUGAAAAUUAAACUUAUUUUUCUAUUUAUUUGAUUUUGUGUACUCUUUCGGGUCAGCUCUAUUUUGGCUAGGAUAUAGUUUUUAAACUAUUUGUACAUAAAAUUUUAUUAUUUUUCUUUUUAUUGAGAUAUAUUCAGGUAUGCACACACAUUUUAUAUAGUUCUUGAAUUUCAGGACAGCUAUAUGUAAAUCUUUUUUAAAAGAUCAUGUUAAAAACACUGAAAAAGUUGGGUGAAAGAAAUCCUGUGGUGACUUCUGUUAAAUACUAAUUUUUGCCUUAUAAAUAUGGUUUGUUAUGUAGUGGGUUUUCCCAAAGGAAAUUAGGUUAAUGAACAAUAGUUUACUUGACCCUUAGUAGAGAAUCAAAACUAAUAGGAUAAGAAUUUUCUUUGGCUAUGAGAAUUUGGUAGAUUGAGAAAGAAGGAAAAACAUAACAAAUACUGUAUUUUUUUAAAUUUUAUUUACUUAUUUGACACAGAGAG